GAUGAAGUCUAUGGCUCCCUUCAAGAUCAUUGCUAAGUUGUUCGUUAUUUCCCAAAUAUCAAAAGCUGUAGAAAGUUCACCUAGCGGCAGCGCGGUGAACGACUGCUAUACUUUCCAUGAUGUUGACAGCACAUGGAACGAGGCCCGUAAGGCUUGCCGCGAAAUGGGAGCUCACUUAGUUACCAUGGAAACCACAGACGAGUGGAACAAAGUGAAAGGCUUUCUCGCAGAUAAAGUGACUGAGUCCGGUAGUUACACUCACUAUUACAUUGGACUCCGUAAAGAAAGUGGAACGUGGAAAUGGACCGAGGCAGGAUCGCCUGGUGUCACUGUGGCGACAGAUGACAGCCGCUGGCAGAGAGGCGAGCCUUCUGAUGAUUCACGGGAACUUUGUGGCGAAAUCUGGUAUCCCAGUUCAGGGACCCAAGGGCAUUUUAAUAAUAUCAUGUGCGAUGACAAAGAUGCAGGUCAAGGAAUUACGUCAACACGUGGAUACAUCUGUGAAAAUUAUUGAAGUUUAAUUCUAAACUAAAAUUAACUGUAAGUUUAUGGCGCACCAUGUGUAGAAAAAUUGCUUUUUGACACGUUAUGGGAACAGGUCGAAAUAGGUCGAAAUAAGUAAUGUAAUAUCAUCAUGACGUGUAAUUACUAGAAAAACACGAGGAUCCGUUUUAAAUUCGUUAGAUUACGAGGUUCAGUUUCUUUGUGUGUUCUAGUUCACCAAUGAGCGGUCAAUAAAUAAAAGACAUGAUCACCAAAGCAUAUCUGACUUAACUAUAAUACAAAUAUGUCAUAAGAAGCAGAGCAGGAAAACAAAGAUAAGUACAUUUAACAAAUUGACGUUAGUAUUUUACAAUAAUAAAUUGUCAAAUUGUCCGCUCUCGCUCGUUGGCACAUCGUAUAAAUUAUGAAUUCAUGUGUCUGUCCCCUUAUUAAAAGUGAAAAUUAGCCAAUGAGCGCGCGAGAAUUUCUGUAGUUAUCGUAAAAUCGGAUUUCGAAGUAAUAGGGUGGAAGAGUCGACAGAUGACUCUCAAAAGAGUUUACGAGCGCGUUUACACGCACUAAUUUUGCCUCAAACGGCUUUUUUAAGCAGGAUAAAAUAAUUUAGUAGACCCUUGUACGCUGAAACUACUCUAUGAUCCCUGCGCGCACAUUUACUUACCGAGAUACAGGUAAACUAUUAACCCUAACCAAAAAACAACAGUUGCAAUUGAUUUGUAGUUUAGGUGGCACCGAUUUGCUGUUAUUCUUCACAGUG